CUACCGCUCAGAGCGCAACAUGGAGCCGCCGCAGCUGCACGCAUCGCCGCUAGAGGAGAACGCCGCCAGCGCCAGCAAAGCUCUGCGGCAGAUGCGAGCGCUACUCGCAGAGCGUCCCGACGUGGAACUCAGCAUCCUGGAGGACUGGUACCUACUGCGUUUCCUGCGCUGCAAGCUGUACGACCCCACACAGGCUCUCCGUCUGGCGCAGCUGUACGAGGAGUUCGUGCGGCAGCGCGGGCCCGGCUGGCGGCGCCCGAGUCGGCCGUGGGUGCGGCGCUGCAUGACCUCUGGCGUGCUGGAGGUGCGCGCGCGCCGGCUGCUGCUGCUGCGCCUCGGCCGGUGGCGGCCCGCAGGCUGGCAGGCCGAGGAGCUGCUGCAGGCGGCCGGGCUGUGCGGCGAGGUGGCGGCGCUGGAGCCGGCGGCGCAGCUGUCGGGCGUGCAGGCCGUGUUCGACCUGCGCGGGCUGGGCCUCGAGCAGCUGCGCGCGCUCUCGCCAGGCUUCGCGCGCACCAUGGUCCACUACCUCGCGAAUUGCUUUCCUAUACGAAUAAAUGGAGUCCAUGUUGUAAAUGAACCAGCAAUUUUUGGUCUGGUAUUUUCACUAUUCAAGAGUUUCCUUAAUGAACGUAUGCAGAAAAGGCUGUUCUUACAUGGACAUGACAUGGAAUCACUACAUAGCCACAUAACUCCUGACUGGUUGCCCCCUGACCUGGGAGGCUCUGGAAAAGAAACAGAUCUAAAUGAGUGGCUUUCCUAUGUUCUCAGUCAACCUGUGGUAUUAGGGCUGAAGAAAGUUGGUUACAUUUUUGAAGAUGAUGUGAUUACUUAGAAGAAGACAGAUAACUUGAAAAAAGCAUCACUGUCAUAGUUAUAUGCAUUUUCUGUAUUGAGUAAAAUAUUUUUGUACAGUAAAAGAAAGUGGUCUGGUUUUAUCAUGUUUGUACAAGAUAGCUAAAGCUUUGUGUAUAAUAUAGUUUUGUAUCUAUAUCCAUGUAUUUUCUCACAAUGCCUACAUUGGAAAAAAAUACUGUAAUGGCAUUUUUAUACAAAUGCAAA